AUGCCUGCAUGUCAGCGCUGCUACUCUCGUAAGACAAGAUGUGACCGACGAACUCCAAACUGUACUUCGUGUGUCAAAACUGGCGCCUCAUGCCGAUACCCCGAUAAACGCCGAGAUCGUCAGCGUCAGCAGGAGUAUCUCAAUUCAGUUGAAUUGCGCCUUCAAGAAUUGGAGCGAGAAAAACAACAAGCAAAUCAGCAGUCGCCUUCCGAUGUUGGUCCUGGCGAUGUUCUGCAAGACGAUGUUAAUUCUGUUCAUCCUGGUGAAGGUCUCCCCGAAUCAGUGAAGCGGAAUCAAUCAGGCCAUCAAGUCUUGCAUUCUACAGCGAUAUCCAUGGAUAAGAUACAGCGCACACCAUGUGAAGAAACUCGAUAUCUUGGAUCUAGCAAUGGGGUAGGUUUUGUGGAUGUUGUUGAACGCAUUGUCGAGACCUCUGCUACGGGCGGGCUAUUCGAUCGACUCGUAAAUAGCCGUGCUACAUCCGAAAAGCGAUCAUUACCUGUUGUCACUGCCGCACGGCUUGUCGAUAGGGAGUUGGCUAUGCCUUUGGUUGAUUCUUACUUCGAGCACUGGCAUGUGACAUUUCCACUACUUUAUCGACCCGGUUUCAUGAGUAUGAUGAAGGAAAUUUACAACAGUCCCGAUGUAUACCAUCAAAGCCCCACGAAAGCAUUGGCUUUUGAUAUGGUGUUGGCUUUGGGAUCUGUCUCCUCCAAAAAGGCAUCACCUUUUGGUGAUACCGAGUCUCAUUUUGCCAGAGCUUUGUCGCGGCUAGACGACAUUUCCAAACUUCGAGAUAUUCGAUUUUUGCAGGCACUUCUCCUCUAUUGCAAAUAUGGAAUUCAUGCCAGUCUUCGUGAUACGUCUAGAGAUAUGUGGGAGAUACUAGGCAAGGCAACUCGAAUAUGCGUGGAGCUUGGGCUGCAUAAUGACGUCGCGACUCUUCCGAAGAGUAGCAGAAUUGUGACCGUCUCUCUUGGCAGACCACUUGCACUUUACGACGAUGAUAUCCACGUACCUUUACCGUCAGAGCUAGAUGAUGCGUCGCUCGAUAAACUGGACGCAUCGCUAGAAUCCAAACGGAAGACCUCUCCUUUUCUACAUCAUAUUAGAUUACGCAUGAUCCAAGCCAAAAUCCACCAGUCCAUGUACACGAGCCGAUCCACACAAUCAUUAUCCCUGCGUGAGAGACAGCUGAUUCGAAGGGAUCUUUACAAUCAACUCCAAUCUUGGAAAGAUGACCUAGAGCUCCUUGCCUUACCGACAGGAGAUGCCACAUCCAACCUUCCCUCUGCAUUCUUUCAUGUCAACUGGUAUCAUGCUUUAUACCACAGCGGCUGUUUGAUGCUAUUCCGCCCAUCGGCCACAUUCCCGGCCAUGCAAGGACUGGACGAAGAUGAAGACAUUGACGACGCUCUACUCAUUCUGUGGAAUUCAUCUCGUCAGGUGCUGGCUAAUUACCUCGAGCUUUUGCGCGCUCGUCACUUGAAUUACUCAUGGUCCUGCCUAUACAUGAUCUUCAUGGCUGGUCUGGCAAAUGUGUACUGUGUGGGUUGCUGUGCACAGAGGAAACGACGAGGUAUUGCGGCGUUCGUGCCGUCAUACUGGGAUGCUAUUUCUGAUUCUCGUGAUUGCUCGAAUUUAUUGACUGCUUUCUGUGAGAGAUGGAAUGAUGCGCGCUCUUCAUGUGAUAUUUUUAACAUACUCAGCAUGAGUGCGUUGAAGGGACUAGCUGCUGUGAGUUUCCUGCAGAGUCACGAAAAUUUGAAUUCUCCACAAGAGGGAAUAGUGGAGCGGAAUCUGUCCCCGCGAUUGCCAGAGGCUACGACGACUGAAAACAAACAUGGUGCGACUGUCAAUGCCCAUCAAGUAACAGACAGUCUUUACUUCCCAGACACAAACGGAGGUCUCGACGAAUAUCCAUUCAACUCUCUCAAUGAGUUUGAUCCGAUCGUGGAUUUCCAACAGGUUUUCCAGGAAAUGCAGAAUUCAAUACAUAGGAGCAACUUUGUGGAGACACAUGAAGUCUUGAGAGGGUUCUCACAGGAUUGGUUUUGA